UAUUUCCAGUGACAUCAUUCCGUUAUUACAAAGAUCUCUACUUCCUGUUUCAUUGUCCUAGGGUCUUUGCGGCACGUGUACUUCCGGUUCCCCUAAUUUGCGCUGCUAUCUUCGGAACAGACUCCUUCCUGGGCCUGUCCCGCCGGCAUGUCUCGGCCCCCGGAGCCGCGCCAAGACGCUGCGCCUCCCUCCAAGCUGCCGUUCGGGUCCUGCUGGAGCUGCCGCAUCCUGUCCGGCUCGGCGCUGGUCGGAGCCGGCUUCUGGGUCUACCUGGGAGCGCGCAGGGUCCUGUCCCGGGGCUACGCCCCCUCCCCAUGGAACAUCGUCCAGCUCACCUUCGCCGUCAGUCUCGCCUGUUGGGGCAUAGUCAUCAUAGUUGAUCCAGUUGGGAAAAAGAAGUAGUAUCUGUGAUGAGGCAGGACAAGAUGCGGCUGCUGCUUCCACCAGAACUGAUUAAGUCAAGGGAUGUGCAUGUGGGACAAGAAUAUGAAUGCAAGAGAUGACUGUUUGCUUUUUAUUAUGAAAACCAGCCAAUGGUAACCUGAGAGAGAAGAGGCCCAUCCCAGCUCCUGCUUAUGGGAUGAGCCAUGACUAUAUUUCUCCCCUUGCAUGACUUGCCCUAUUCCUUGAAGGUCCAGUUCUAAUUUGAACCCCCCUCCCACACACACACUUUGGCUCUAGAUAGGCUCAUCUCUUCCACCCAUCAGUCUGCUUCUCUAGAACCAGUAUCUUUACAAAUAGUCUUCUUUCCAGAGCUCUGCUGAAUGCAUUUUGUCUCUUAUUCCCCCACUUCUCUAUUGGGAUGGGGGAGGCAGCUUUGGAGGAGAAAAAUGUUCAUAAAAGGACAAAUUCAAACCAAUAUAUUCUGUGUGUGAAAUGUCCUGUGUCUUUUGUCCAAGAAGGGCCUGGUCCUGUGGGGGCCCAGAUUCACAGCAGGGAGAGAAGCAGGAACUGUAUUUCAAUCUAUGCUAGGAAGCAGUGACUCAAAAAUGGGGGGUAGAAGGGAUAAUCAACUGAACAGAAGCUCCUACUAUAAUACUUUAGCCAAAAGAGCUAAUGUAAUCCUUGGCUGUAUGAUUAGGAGAAUCUCAUGUCAAAAGAGAGGCUUUAUUCCCCCUGUAGCUGCCACUGCUAUUAGAAUACAGUACCCAUUUUUGCAGUCCAUGGUUCAGAAAGCACAUGAAUAAGCUGGAGAAGAACCACACCAAUGAUUAAAGGAUUAGAAACCCUGCCUUGCAGUUA